CUUCGAACGUUGAGAAGCUCUUGGUGUGCAAUAUGAGCGGUUCUGCAUUUCACUUGGACUGCCUUGUUGAACUUCCGGAGUCCUUGACUGAUGGCCCAUGGGUAGCACCGAUGCAUCUCCUAGCCAAGCCUCAUGGAGACCAAGAGAAUGAUGGCGGCAGCUUGCAAUGUUGCUGUGUCUGCUUGCAGGAAAACGGAGAAGAUUCUGUUGAAUGCCUGUCCUGUUCGUACAAGUUUCAUGCCCGUUGUUCUCGAAGGAGUGAAUGUGUCCACGAUGAAGAGGCAAGAAUUUGUCCGGAUUGCAGAAAUUACCUGUCGCCUGCGUCUGUUCGGGGCAAUAUCCUGUACAGUUUGAUUCGAAGAGAGGUCUUGCUGGAGUGCAGGAGAUUAAUCCACUUGUAAUCUGGGAUAUAAGUCGCAAUUGUUGUCUGACUUUGAUGUUGACAGGCAUUGCGAACUUUGUGCAAGGGACAGGCAACGCGAUCUGGACACGUAUGCAAACGUAGCGUGACUUCUCACGUAGCUGACGUCAUUGCAGAGAAAUUCAUCAAUUUCGUCUCAAAAAGUCCACGGCCAGAUUGUCAAAAAGGAUUCUAGAUUACAAUGCGAACCUCCUGCGGGAGGCAAAUCGUCUCCUUGUUUCCAUGCAUGUCGCUUGUACGAAACGAUGAUUCGUUUCUUGUCGUUUCUUCGAAAUGUUUAGCAGAUUGUUUAAUAAAUCAAGUAGAUCCUUG